AUGCCGGUCCCAUUCAUAGGACGUCUUAACGUGACCGAGUAUACGGCACUCGUCAGCUCCUUCUUCCUCGUUGCGUUUGAGGCUAUCAUCCGCAUCCUCACUCUGGCCUUGCCCAUUUCGACGUCCAUUCGUGACGCGUCCGACUUUGUCGAGCUGUGUCGCCUGUUUGGCUACACCGCCGAAGAGCAUGUCUUCCAGACCAAGGACGGCUACCUCCUUGGCCUGCACCGACUUGCAUGGCGUCGUGGCGAGGAGGAUCAAAAGGUCAACGCGGGGCCCCGCAGCCUGCAGAAGCGCGUUAUCUACAUGCACCACGGCCUGCUCAUGAACAGCGAAGUCUGGGUCUGUGCGACCGAUGUUGAGCGCUGCCUGCCCUUUGUCCUUGUCGAGCGCGGCUUCGACGUCUGGUUCGGCAACAACCGUGGCAACAAGUACUCCAAGAAGUCUGUCAAGGCGUCGUCCAAGAGCAUCGACUUUUGGAACUUCUCCAUCGACGAGUUCGCCUUCCACGACAUCCCCAACAGCAUCGCCUACAUCCUCGAGACGACAGGCCAAAAGUCGCUCUCCUACAUUGGUUUUUCGCAGGGCACGGCGCAGGCCUUCGCCUCACUGGCUAUCCACCCCAAGCUCAACGACCAGGUCAAUGUCUUCAUUGCGCUGGCACCAGCCAUGUCGCCGGCCGGUCUGUCAAACGGCAUCGUGGACGCCCUGGUCAAAGCCUCACCGCAGGUGCUGUACCUGCUCUUUGGCCGCCGCUCGAUCCUGAGCUCGGCGACGAUGUGGCAGUCCAUCUUGUAUCCGCCGGUGUUUGUGCGCACGAUCGAUAUCGGACUCUCGUUUCUGUUUGGCUGGAAGACGAAGAACAUUGCCAUCUCACAGAAGCUUGCGGCCUAUGCACACCUGUACUCGUACACGAGCACCAAGUCUGUCGUCCACUGGUUCCAGAUCAUCCGCACCAAGUCGUUCCAGAUGUACGACGACGACGUGCACCCGCUGCUGGCGACGCACUCCAAACACACCAAGGUAGCCAAGUACCCCACGCGCAAUAUCAAGACGCCCGUGAUCCUGGUCUACGGCGGCAGUGACUCCUUGGUGGACAUCAAGGCCAUGAUGCGCGAACUGCCUGCGCAGACCGUUGCCACCGAGAUCCCACAUUACGAGCAUCUUGACUUCCUGUGGGCGCGCGACGUUGACACCCAGGUGUUCCGCCACGUCUUUGAUGCAUUGGACAGCUUCACGGGCGCUGAGCACACCAAGGAAGAGUAUGCGCGGUUCCGCAGCGCGCGGCACACAAGCCUCAGCGCGGCCAACUCGUUCCACGUCCCGAAAGCCAGCAGCAACAAUCCGUCGCAAGGGCAGCAGACCCAGUCGCAUCAUGCCCAGCACGCCAGCGAUGUCACUUCUGAUAGCGAUAACCUGGUCCACAGCCACGAUUUUGGCCAGAGCCAGAGCCAGAGCCAGAGCCAGAGCACCAACCCGGCCGCUUCGUCCCGCUUGCCGUCUACGCAGGCUCUGGCCACCACCGUCGAGCUCGAGCCGCGGCCACAACGAUCCGAAGACGAUCUUUUGCUCGACGAUGAUACCACAUGGAGCCAGCCUGGUACCCCGCCGCAGUCCGAGCCAGCCAUUCUGGUCGGAGCGAGCGGUGGCCGCAAGUCUGCAACGCGCGCCCUGUCUUCUGCUCUCGAUGCGGCCGCUCCAGCUUCCCUCCCAGCUUCCCUCCCAGCUUCCCUCCCAGCUGCCGACCGACCGCACAACGUUGCCGGUCGAUCCGUAUCCAGCCCGGUCGAUGCGUCUGCGUCAGCAUCGGGAUCCGCGUCAUCGUCCAGAGUGCCGACUCGGACAAACACGCCAGUAGGUGGUGAUGGUGCAGGCGACCGCCCAUCGUCCUCGCACUCGGUACGCAAGACGUCAUCGCAAAAGUUCAGCAUCGACUCGCGCCGUGGCGGCAAGGGUGGCAGCAUCCGAAUCGGUAACGGCAAGGCGGUCGGCGGGAUCUCGACGGAAGCCGCGUCGGCUCAAGUACUCCUUGUCGCCCCGUUGGCCCUUUUGAUCAAAGAGCUCGCCCCACCACACAUCCACGUCUUCGCCGGCCGCCGCGCGGCGGCGCCACACGUCUUCGAGCAGGGCCCGUGCCGUGAUGAACAUGUUGUAGCGGGUCUUGGUGCCCCACCACGCGCAGUAGUCGCGCGCGUCGUUGCGCAGGCCGGCGUCGCGGAGCUCGGCGCCCGCGAGAAAGACGGGGAGCAUCAGCUGUUUCUGGACAAACGUGGUGCGGCGGCAGCUCGUGACGUGGUUGAGCGUGCGGCGGGCCAAAAACUGGAGGAGGUCGCCGUUGCCGGCGGUGGCGGUGGGCUUUCGGGUUGCGUUGCCGUCUGCCGCAUCGUCUCCCGCCUCAUCGGCCCGUCUCUGGGCGGCCUUGCGGUCCUGCCACUUGAAAACACGCUCAAUGUAGAUCAGCAAGGCAUACCGCCAGGCCUCGGCACAGUGGUAGAGGUCAAGGCGGUAGUCGAGCACGCUGCCACCGUCGUCCUGGCCCUCGACAGCAAUGUUACGGGUGCGCCACAAAUGCUCGGCCGCCGCCGACUCGGCGUCGUCGGCAGAACCCCCAAAACCGGGGUUGUGGACCUGUCCACCCAUGCCGCCGUUGCUCUCACGCAGGUGGUGGCCGGCGGGAUCAUCAAAGGCAGGCGACCGCCACUGGGCGAUGCGGCGCUCGAGGCGAAGGACGGGCCCCAUGUCGAAGCGGACGCAGGAGAGCGUGGACGCAAUCUGCAUCUCGCGCGCAUAGGCAGCGAGGCGGAUCAUGCACUCAAAGAGUUCGCGGGGGCAGCCCGAGAUGGCAUAAAAAUCAAGAGCGGGGGAGCUUGCAGCGCCAGCAGCGGAAGCGGGCCGCUUCUCCUGUCCCGGCGUGGGCUCGGGGGGAUCAAAGAUGCUCAUAAUGGUACGCUCGGAAAAGAUGCAGCCUUUGCGGCUGGUGAGAGCGAGGGUGACGUCGAACCAGACGAGCAGACCCAGCUGGGCCAAGCGCUGAGAGCUGUGUCGUGGCGGAGCGUCUGA